GUGAUCUAGAGAGAGAGAGUCAGUGAGCUACAGAGAUAGACAGAGAGAGAGAGAGAAUCACUGAGCUACAGAGAGAGAGAGAGAGAGUCAGUGAGCUAGAGAGAGAGAGAGAGCGUGUCAGUGAGCUAGAGAGAGAGAGAGAGAGAGAGGUGAUGGUGGAUCGUGCUCUCGGUCUGUCUUUAUUUUGCUGUGAUUUUUUUUGCUCUCCGGAUCUGAGGAGGAGCUGAUGCAGCGGCUCUGAGCCACAUCAGGAGGAAGAGGAGGAGGAGGAGGCUGAGGAGGAAGAGCAUGGAGGAGAGAGGAGAAACGGAGGAAUAAACGGGGAUACACAGCCCACCCAUUACCCCCUCCUCGCUACAGAGCACGGAUGUCUCGCGCUAUGUUGUGUUGAUGUUAUGGUUUUUGGAGGGGGGUUGGAGGUGAUUGCUGCGCGCGGGCUGUAGAUCAGUGGCGCGCGCGGUCGAGGCUCGCAGGAGGGAGCUGUCAGAACCGGAGAGAGAUAGAGAGAAACGGUCAGGAGGGACGAGAAACGAGAAGAGGAGAGGAAGAGGAGGAAGGAGACAGAGGGACAGACACUGGGAGAAUAAAGGUGAAGCGACGCAGGCAGGCAGGCACGAGCGCGCGUGCACGAGAGCAAGAGUCUGCAGCAGCUCCCCUGCAUUAUCCCCGGAAAGCCUCGCGCUCAGGAGGAAGCUGAUGAAGAGAUCACGAGAGGAUGGAUGGUGCAGUAACGUCAGCAUGAAACUCUUCAGCACUCUGCGUCAGGCCUCUCUUGUGCGCCGCUAGGGACACACACACUCACACACACACACACACACACACACACACCACACACCCCCACUCCUACCCCACCCCCCUCACCCCUCACAUACUCACACAUACUCCCUGUCUCUCUCAGUUUCAGCAGCGCUGCCCCCUUCUUCCCCCUCCAUACCACACUCAGUUUAACCCUGGAACUCCCACACUUACAAGACGGACACAUGCGAAGUCAUGGAAGUAAUUAUUAUUUAAUAAUAAUUUAACUAAUUAUGUUCUUUUAUGGGUAGAAUUUAAUGGGUUUAGUCACUUUCCAAAACCUAACACUACUUUUUUAGUUUCUCAUCCUUCGCUUUUUACUGCUAGGAACUUUUCCCAGGCAGUUUUUUGUUGCUAGUCCGUUACAUUUUGCUGCAGCACCCUGUUCUAGCACCUCGUUGCUAGGGAACUAUUCUCUGCUUAUCCCCCCUAAAGCUGAGCCUGCUAGGAACUACUUUCCACCCGCCCCUCCAGUCUCCAGUUUCCAGACUAUCACCCCUUAAAGGGGCAUAAAGGAACAUCUAUCUUUUUUUACCUUUGCUUCCGUUUUUGCUGCAACACCCCACGCCCCCGCAGGACCUGGUCAUGCCCCUAGGGGGCGUCAGUGGGUGCGUGCGGGCGGCUUGCCCACGCCGCAGGUUGCAUGCUUGCCUGGUGUGGUUGGCAUUGAGGCUGGUGCUCUCCUCGUGCCAACGUGCCGCCGACCUCAGCGGCCCGAAAUAUCCCAUAGUCACUACGAGUUACGGAAAAGUUCGGGGGAUACGGAAGGAGCUGAAUAACGAAAUCCUCGGGCCGGUGGAUGAGUACCUGGGAGUGCCGUACGCCACCGCACCGGUGGGUGAGCGACGUUUCCAGCCCCCCGAGGCACCAGGGUCAUGGCAGGAUAUCCGGAACGCAACACAGUUUGCGCCCGUGUGCCCGCAGAACAUCCACGGCGUCCUGCCCGAGAUUAUGUUGCCCGUCUGGUUUACGGACAAUCUGGAUGCCGCCGCCGCAUACGUUCAGAACCAGAGUGAGGACUGCCUGUACCUCAACGUAUACGUCCCCACAGAGGACGGUCCGCUCACAAAAAAACACGAUGAGUCUACGAUGAACAGGCCGAGGGACGAAGAUAUCCGAGAUCGUCGGAAGAAGCCGGUCAUGCUGUUUAUUCAUGGUGGAUCGUACAUGGAGGGUGCAGGGAACAUGUUUGAUGCGAGUGUUCUUGCUGCAUAUGGCAACGUCAUCGUGGUCACCAUGAACUACAGGCUGGGGGUGUUGGGUUUCCUGAGCACCGGGGAUCAGUCGGCUAAAGGAAAUUAUGGCCUGUUGGAUCAGAUCCAGGCCCUUCGCUGGCUCAAUGAGAACAUCGGCCACUUCGGGGGCGAUCAGGAGAGGAUCACUAUCUUUGGCUCUGGCGCCGGGGCGUCCUGCGUCAACCUGCUCAUCCUGUCCCAUCACUCUGAGGGACUGUUCCAGAGGGCCAUUGCCCAGAGCGGCUCUGCCAUCUCAAGCUGGUCCGUUAACUACCGACCGCUCGACUACACCAAGAUCCUGGCCAAGAAGGUGGGCUGCAGCAACAGCGACACGGCCGACCUGGUGGACUGUCUGCGGAGGAAGAGUUUUCGUGAGCUGGUGGAUCAGGACAUCCAGCCCGCCCGGUACCACAUCGCCUUCGGACCCGUGGUGGAUGGAGACGUGGUUCCGGACGACCCAGAGAUCCUCAUGCAGCAGGGAGAAUUUCUGAACUACGACAUCCUGCUGGGGGUGAAUCAGGGCGAGGGGCUGAAGUUUGUGGACGACAGUGAAGGAGAGGACGGCAUCUCCGCGGCCUCGUUCGACUACACCAUAUCUAAUUUUGUGGACAACCUCUACGGAUACCCAGAUGGUAAAGACAUCCUGCGAGAGACCAUUAAGUUCAUGUACACGGACUGGGCUGAUCGAGACAACGGCGACAUGCGAAGGAAAACGCUUCUGGCACUUUUUACCGACCACCAGUGGGUUGCACCUGCAGUUGCCACAGCGAAGCUGCACGCAGAGUUCCAGUCCCCAGUCUAUUUCUACACCUUCCACCACCACUGCCAGACAGAGGCGCGGCCGGAAUGGGCCGAUGCGGCACACGGAGACGAGAUCCCAUACGUGUUUGGAGUGCCCAUGGUGGGCGCCACCGACCUGUUCCCCUGCAACUUCUCCAAAAAUGAUGUGAUGCUCAGCGCCGUUGUGAUGACCUACUGGACCAACUUUGCCAAAACUGGAGAUCCAAAUGUCCCGGUGCCACAGGACACCAAGUUCAUCCACACUAAACCCAAUCGCUUUGAGGAGGUCAUAUGGACCAAAUUCAGCUCCAAGGACAAACAAUACCUCCAUAUCGGCCUAAAGCCUCGAGUCCGCGAUAACUACAGGGCCAAUAAAGUAGCAUUCUGGCUGGAGCUGGUGCCUCACUUGCACACACUGCAUGAAGAAUUCUUCAACUCCAUUAACACCCGCACACCGCCCGGUAGUGGUGGGGGUAGGUUCCCAGGGAAGGUUCCUGUGCCGGGUCCAGGGACACGAUCCACAAGGCACCCAGUGGUGUCCACCUAUCCUCCAGAUCCAGAUCCGGAAGGUUCGGAGCGUCCGAGGAUCUCUCCGUUUCCUGAAGCCACUCGGGAUUAUUCGACUGAGCUGAGCGUGACGGUUGCUGUAGGAGCGUCGCUGCUUUUCCUCAACGUCUUGGCCUUCGCUGCACUCUACUACAAGCGCGACAAGCGCCACGAGCUCCUCCAGCGCAGACACCGACGCCUGUCUCCUCAACGCGGUGCCGGUGGGCCGACAGGGGGCAUUGCAGGCAUAGCGGGCAUGGCUCCACCUCACAACGACCUGGCGCUUAGCCAAGAGGAGGAGCUAAUGUCCCUCCAGAUGAAGCAACAGAGGGUAGAGUUGGACCACGGUACCCCAUUGGCGCCACGCAGCCUCCACGGCGACCUGGAGCCCCUGCGUCCACCUGUGUGCCCGCCGGACUACACGCUGGCGCUGCGGCGGGCGCCCGAGGACGUGCCGCUCAUGACGGCCAACGCCCUCUCCAUGAUGCCCAGCACCAUCACUGGCAUGCAGCCUCUCCAUGCCUUCAACACUUACCCCCCCGCCCCAGCCCCCAGCUCCAGCCACAGCAACAACGCCCUGCCCCACCAGCACUCCACCACCCGUGUAUAGUAGUAGCGCCUCCAGAAAGGGGCAAAGCACCUCGACCUCUGUGAAGUCGGCCCACCAGCAUGAUUGGGAAACGAACAGAUGCGUUAAAUUUUGUUUUGUGUUUGGGCUGAUUUGUGCUGCUUCAAAAAUCUGAAUUUGCGGUGAUGUUUUUUUCUGAGAAUUUAAACAUUACGUGUUUAGUGUUUUAAUUAGUGCCCUAAUUACAACACCACAGUCUGUAUACAUUACAGAGACAAAUUACGGUAAUCAGACUUUUCCUUGCAUUGUGUUAAAUUAACUAGUUUCAUGAACACUGUUAAAGAUUAGAAACAUAGAAACGGUUUACUUUUUUUGUAAAUGAUCUAUACAUUUGUUAUAUAGGCCUAUUCAGCCUACACCAGUUAAACUUCGCCAUUUGCACUUUCAGACCAUAACACACUGCAGCCAAUGUCAAAACAGCUCAUUUGCAUAAGUCAGUCUCACUCUGGAAGUAAACUUUUUUUUUAUUAAGAAAGUUCCAAACCUGACUUAGUGAACUCUUAAAUAAUUGCUAAAAUAUUUGCUAAAAACUUAAAAAUUGCAUAACAAUAUUGCCAAAUACUUCUCAAGAAUUGCUAUUUUUUAAAAUAGUGUAAAACCCUCAAAAAACUUUUUAAAUAAAAUCAAAUGUUUAAUUUCUCAAAAAAAACACAACUAUUACAGUAGCUUAAAUCAGCUCAAAUGCAGCUUGUAUUAAUCAGAAGUGUUCGUUUUCCAAUUGUACAGGGUGCCAAAUUCAUGGUGGCAGCAGCUCGCUUACCCUCUGGACACAGACUCUGCAGAGAUACAGUCCACACACACACACACACUUACACACACUUCUCCUGUCCUUUUACCUCUGACCCCACUCUUCUCUCCCGCAAGCUCUUCAGCCGGAGAAAGAAAGAGUUUCUUGCUGAGAAUCGGAAGAACGACUCGGCCGACUCACUCCGCCCUCACCUCACCGUCCGCUCGUGUUCUUACCUCUGUGCGCUUCCUCUCUCUGCAUUUUUCUCUCUCGCUCGGCCACGCCCUCUGCUCCUCCCCUUUGUUGUUAUUACUUUGUCUUUUUUCUUGUUUUUUCUUUCAAUAGUCUGGGUUUUUAAACACAGAACUCAGUUUUUGCCAACGUCAAACAUUUUUAUAACGAGCAAAACGAGAAAAAAUUAAUAUGUAUUACCAAGACACUCGUAUAUGAAUGAUAUUAAGACAAAAAAUGGAAAAGAAAAAAAAAAAAACAAAGAUUCCGAUAUCGUUUUUACCAGCAUUUCUGUGCCAAGUACUGUGAUGAUAAACCGUCCAAUCAGACGCUGAGUCUGCUGGGCUGACUUGGAAUUGGAGCGGAUUGCCUGAACCGGAUGACAUUUAAGGAAUUUGCGUUAAGAAAAAAAAAGUGCCAAAACCUUGUUUUUGCAUUUCUUUUCUGUCUUUUUUCGUUUUGCUUUUGUUUGUUUUCUCUGGUUUUGCACUGUCGCUGGUCUCUGCUUAUGAGAAGAGAUAUAUGAAAAUAUAAGAAGAAUAUCUAUACAAAAAGUCUAUAGAAUUAUAAAAUUUAUAUCUUGUUUGCUCUCUCUCUCUUUCUCUUUCUCUCUGUCUCUCCCUCUCUCUCUGGGAAAUUUGCAUGAUUUAUUUUCUAAAAGAAAAAAGAGGAAAAAAUGGACAUAAAUGUUCCGCACUCGAGAUUCAAGACAUCUUUUCUUGUCUUGUUUUUAUUAUCGCUAGUCUUUUUUCCCUCUAUUUCUCUCUUUCUUCUCAUUUUUUCUUUUUUCUUUUUUUACAUCUUCUCUAUUUUGUGCACUUCAUUCAGAGAUCAUUUUUCUUCUGUAGAUACUUAAAAAGCAUAUCAGGAAAAUGAAAACUGAUCAUGAUCACAAAUUAAAAAAAAAAAUAAAGGAUGAACAGAUCCCUUCUUUUUUCCUCCACUAAGCAUUGUACCUGUGCGACCUGUUCCCCAGACAGACUUAUCAAUCCACAUCCCCCUCGUUCUCCUUCUUUUCACACCAUUUUAUCCCCAUUUCUGCUGUAAAUUCCACUCUACUCACCACACAGUUGCUUCAUUUGAGCUAAAACGGUCAGGACUCCCUCUUUCUUUCCUCCUGUGUUCUUGCUCUCUCUCUUUCUCUCUCUCAUAUUCAGACGGCCAGCCCGCUCCUGCGUUCUCCCGCACCUUCAUGGCACCGAGGAGGCCACAAGGCAAAGAGAAGAGAAGAGACAAUGGGUGAGGAAAACAGAAAACAGCUCGCUGGGCCGUAAGGUCAAGCUACGGGUCAGCCUGGUUGGGUCACAGCAUCCAGUCUAACGCUAGACUAUGCGACUGACUUCUGCGCCUGUAUCGGACGUAACGUGACACGACCAAGGCAAGGCCUGAGUGGAAGAAACUGUCGUUAGCUCCUCACACACACACACACAGACACACACACACUCAUCUGGUAUCUGAUCCACGCCAGUCAUCAUCAUUUUGCCCACACCCAGCGGACAGAUGGAAACUGCUUUCUACUGGACAGAAAGAUACAACAACAAAACAAAAAACACAAAAUGUACUCUUUUUUUUUCAAGAUAUAAAAGAGAAGACUUGGUCUUUGUAAAUAUUAUGUUUAUGGUUCGGUUUACAGGUGGACGGUCCAAAAACAUACCCUUUGUGACGGCAGGUGCAAGUUGCGAUUCACCCAGGAAGGGAGUAGCUACCGCGGUCGGCCUUUCCUUCAUCAAUUUUAAGAUACUUUGUUGAUUUUCUGAGCAGUAUUUUCAAAUAGUCUGGAGGCAAUUUAGAGAAACACAUUAUGAUCGGCCAGUUGACACCUACCCUGAGCAUAUGUUUAGUGGCCAUUUUAUUAAAAAUACCAAUUCUAGAAGUUAUUUUCCAGUUUUUUUUUUGAGUCUCAUUCCAGUAACAAAUGCUUAACAGUUCUUCAUUUAAAAAAAAAAAAAACACAUAUCUAGUUUGACUUUUUUCCAAAAUACAAUAGACUUGUUUGGAUGUUCCUUUAAGAAUCUUCUGCUAGGCAGCUGUUUAAAGGAGCCCGUGGUUGGGGUUGGAGCUUGCUGGUUGUUGGGACAUGAUUAGGGUAUUUAGAGUAUUUAUGAAGUCUUGAAAAUUUGCCACAGCCCUAACAAGCUAAUUAGGGUCUGAGGCUGAGGUCCUAUCUGAUAGCUUAAAUCUCAUGCCCAAAGCUUUAAUCCAAUAUGCAUUUUUAAUGUUUACUUUGUACAGAUUUCAUCAUAGGAAGCCUAGUUUUAAAAGACAAAAGAGUAAAUAUCAACCACAUCAAAGUUUUAAUGAUUAGCUACAUUUAUAUGUAAGCCCAAACAUUUAAUAUCGUCAAAACCUACAGAAUGAAGCUGUAUGGUGGGUGGUUUCUAAUAAAAUGAGCAGUGGGUGUACAGGGUAUGGGUUUCCAAUCACAUUUGGGCACUGGGGUCAUUCUGAACAUUCAGGUUGGAUUGAAUUACAUCCCUGGCACUGCUGGGACUCUACGAUGAAGAACUGCUAAUGCUGCUGACAUGGAAUGUAAGCCAGUUUGCAAAUGUUUUGUUCGUAAUGCUAACAGUAGCUCUUUGCUUCCAUUCAUUGUUUUCAACAUUAGCAUUAUUGACUGAGAAUGCUUUAAAGAGGAGAUGUCCUUCAGCAGCCAAAGAGGGACACUGUUUAAAGCUGCACUCUUAAAAAUAAAGGCUAUAAUUUGUUAUUGUAAUGGAAUGGUUAUGGAAUUGGCUAAUUAAGUUUUAUUUUCCUUAAACAUUAGAAAAGGUUCUACACACCUAUGUUCAUACAUAUAUUCUUUAAAGAACCAUCCAUUAAAAAGUUAUGAACCAAAGUGGUUCUACUAAACAAGCUUUUGUCUCAGUUACCCUGUAGAGGUUAACAUAACAGUCUUUCAAAAAUCUUCUAAAAUUGAUAUUCUUUAUAACCAUUAUUUUUGAGAGUGCUUAGAACCUCAACCUUAUGUGGAAGAAAAUUUUAAAUGUUCUGCACACCCACAUUUGAUUUACAAUAAUGGCUCUCUACAGAGCAAUCAGUUAAAGGGUUGAGAACCAAAAGUCUUUUUGUGAAAACCCUUUAUUUUAAACAUUGCAUAGAAUUGUCUAUAUUAUUUUGAAGUUAUUUGAACUGAAAGAGCCUCUACACACUUACUCAUCUCAUUUGCAACGAUGGUUGAACCAUCCAAUUAAAGAUUCUAAUCCAAAUGGUUCUUCUUGGAUGCCUUCUAUGUACCUUUAUUAAAGAGUGUGCAGAAUCUUAACAUCAUAUGGAAACACACCACAAAGAGUUAUUAAAGAAAUAAAGAACGUUUAUGUUUUUUUUUUUGAGUGUGGGUCAGCUGAUGUUCAGGUUUUUUUUUUAUCAAUCUAAAGUGAUAUUGGCCACCUUUACUUUACCUUGGAAGAGCCUUUUUAUUUUUCAUCUUAAUAAAAAGGGGCUUCAUUUUUAAACACUUACGUAGGGGUCAUCACUGUUCGAGCGGCCCGCUCUCAGGGUCUUGCUAUUGUGUGUUUUAUUAUUCCCAAGUUAUUAUUUCUCCAAUUGCCUAAAUGACACUGUGGGUUUUAACUGCUACUCGAACCGGUCGUGAGUUUAUAGAGAUUUAAACUAAACUGACCCAUCAGAGAUUAGCUGGGAGGGGCUGUGAUUUCUGGCUUAUCUCUUUUGCUGUGAAUUUGAGCUGCAUAUUAUAUUUCAGAAUAGAGAAUUUAAACUGUCCAUAUUUUUCUAAAGAGCAAAAACGGGGCGAUCGUGGAGAGCGUCCAGUGUGGCAGCGGCCAGACAUGCGAAGCACACUUUCACCAAGGGUUUCAUGGUGAUCCUCUAAAGUCUGCCGUUGCCAUGUAUGUACUAAAAAUAGUAUGGGGGUUGUGGGGGGGUGGGAGGGAUUUAAAAAAAAGAAAAAGACAAAAAAAGACAAAGGUAUUUACUAAGUGCAACUGUUCUAUUAUUACUGCUGGGUUGCCAAAAAAUACACAAAUAAAAGACUUGCACCUGUUGGUUUUGCGUUUUGUUCAGUUUCAGCGAAAAAGUGCUAGAGAAGAGAGUACAAAGGGUUCGGAGAAUGGCGUUAAUAUUUCUAUUUCAUAUAAAGGCUAUUACACACUGUAUGUUGUGUAUAUGAACUGGAGAUCAUUAAAAGACAUUAUUAAACAGA